AUGGAUUCUUCAUCUUCACCACCUGUGCUAUACUUAGGAGACGAUGAUGAUGAUGAUGAUGAUAACAAUUAUCAUAGACAAAAUUCAUAUGUCGAAACAAAUAUGUCGUUAAUGAAAACAUCAUCUUCGAAUGAUAUGAAUAUAUCACGUAAAAAACGAAAAGUAACAAAUACAAAUGUUCGUAUUAAUCCAUCUAUUGUAAAUUGGUCCAAACGUCAACGAAAUGAUCAUAAUCAACAACAAACAUCAAGAAAUUUUAUUGAUUCAGAUCUAGAUCCUGAACCAAUUUUACUUGAUCCAGAUGAAUAUAUUAUUGAAGAACCUGAUCCACCUGCUUUUUGUUCUUUCGAUUGGACUAUUCAACCACCGCCACCACCAUUGUUACCAACUAAAAUAUCUUCAAAUCAUCCUAUUCAAACAAUAUCAAGAAGUUCUACUAAAUCAACUUCAAAUAUGAACAAUAUAGUACAACGUUCAAACGAUAGAGUAGAUGAUACAAAUUCAAAUCAUCAAUUUAUUCAACAACCAAGAAAACCAAUUACUAUUCCAGUACAACAACCAUCAUCAACAGCACUUGCUUCAUUACCUUUCUCUAAACCAACAACAUCAUUUUUUCGACCAAAUGUACAACGUGGUCGACCAGUGAAAAAUUCUCGAAUUUCAUAUACACAAUCUACUUCACCUCCAUUAUCUGUACGUCGGCAACCUGAACAGCCAAUAAUUCCACAAACACAAAAAACUUCACGAUCAUCAUCUGCUACUGCUACAACAAUCAUGACAACUGCUUCAAUAAAUAAUUCUACACCAACUAUACGCCGACAAAUACUUAAUGGUACAGGUUUAUUUUCAGCUUUUCAUGAUUCUAAAUAUUAUCAAUGUAAUAUAUGUAAAUUUAAAAGUGUCACAAGUUCAACUUUACUUCAACAUCUAUUUACACAUAUGUUUUUCUGUGAUCAAUGUUCAUUUUAUACAUAUUCACAUUAUAAUCUCACUCAACAUAUGUUUGAAAAACAUAUUGUAAAUGUACAUGAAAAUACAAAUGAUUCUGUAACUCCAAAAUCUUAUGAUCUACUUUAUGUAACACGUUGUUCUGAUGGUACAUUUGCUUUAUGUAUGGAUUCAUCAUUAACAAAAACAAACAAAACAAAUAAUAAUAAUAAUAAUAAUAAUGAUCAACGAUUAAUAAUAUCAUCAGCAAUACUUAAUGAUCAACAUACAAAUAAAAUAUCAAAGAAAAAAGUCUCUAAACAAAAAGAUUUAUUUAAUGAAGAUGAUAAUGAUAUUUUAGUUUUAUCAGAUAAAUCUGAUAUAAAUCAUCAAUCAUUAAUCAAUUCAAAAGGGAAAGAAAAAUCAAAUCAAACAUAUGUGAUAAUGAAACAUCGACGAUGUUAUUUAAUGAAAAAAACAUAUCGUUUACAUUCAUUAACAGUAGAAUAUAAUAUAUGUCGAGAACAUACUAUACGACAAAUGUGUCAUACACAAGAUAUAUUAAAACGAAGAAAAUUUUUAACAAAAUUUAAUCAGAUACAAUUUAUUGAUGAAAUUGCUAAUUGUUUACGUACAAUUGUUAAUCACAUUAUUGAUAGUGAAGAUAACAGUGAUCAAUCAUCGCCUCUAUGUACAUUACCAAAUCAUGUUCUUAGUUCAAUAUUUUCUACUGACAAUUUAGAUAUUUUAACUAAUUCAUUAAAAUUAAAUAAUAAAUAUGAUCAAUAUAAAGAACAAGAUCAAUUGUAUGAAAGUGAACAUGUUUUACGUCAAAGUCGUAAACAUAUAUUUAUAUUAUCAUCUGCAGACAGAAAUCAUAAUGAUCAAUCAAUAAUUUCUUCAUUACAUUCAUCGUUAACAAAUGGUGAUUCCAUAUUUACACAAACGAAAAUUGAUAAAUUACCUAAUACACAAGAUAAUACUCAUCGAUAUUUAAAAGGAAAUCUUAAUGUGUCAUCACUAUUAAAUAAUCCCAAUCCAAAAGUUCAGAAAAAAGUUAACACAACUCAAUCAUCACCUUCAAAACUUGUUCCACUUCGUACUGUUAUGCCAAAACCUACAUGUCUAUCAUCAAAUCAUCCAUCAUUACCAACAAUAAUUGAUAGAAAUAAUAAUUCAGUUACAUCUGUAAAAUCGAAAAUAUCUACAACAAAAAUGCCGAGUAUUAUUGUUCUUGACUAAAAAAUAUUUUCUUUUCUUUUCUUUUCUUUCUUUUAUUUACUUUUUUCAUUUUUCAAAAUGUUGCCUAUCUUUUUCUUUUCUUUCUUUUGUUUUGUUUUUUUUCAUACUCAUGUAUGUAUUAAAGUAUUUUAAUGUGCAAACUAUUUUGCUCAACAACACAAAAAAACUGCAAUCUAUAGAAGAUCAAAAAAAAAACACAAAAAGAAAUUAAAUUGAUUCUAUUAGAAAUUAUUUCUUCUUUUCUUUUUUCUGAAUUUCGUUACUCUGAUUUCUUCUUGUAAAUAAUAUAGUAGCACAUAUGAAAAAAAAAGACAAAUGAAAUUAUUAUUUAAUCGCAUAAUAUGAUACAUCAGAAGGUUUUCAUAAAUUAGCUAAUGAAAUAUGUAAGCAUUGAAAAUGAUUGGUAGUUACUAAGUUUCGUUCGAAAUAUUUGGAGCUAUUCUAUAUUUUGAAUAGUUUUCAAAUUAAUAAUUUAAAGAUAUAACCACCUCAACUCAUCCUUUUAGGAGUUCUUCAAGGAAAACACUCUCUGCAAUUGUUUAUAGCUGAAUCCGAAAAUCGUAAGCGUGUACCGACACAGUACUGCGAACAAAAGUACAACAUGGUAAGUGAAUCAAAAAUAUAUUUUGGGAUAUUGGCGUAGGGUUUGUGCGUGUGAGUGUUGGUAAGACUAUUGAUGAGAAGAAGAUUCACAUCCAUACCCAUCUUUCUCUUCUCUGACUCAUCUUUAACUUUGAUUAAGUCAUAUUCAAUUUCUGUUUGUAUUUUGAAAGAUUCAAUAAGGUUCUCUUCUAUGCGAUAUUUAUAAACUCUGCUUAGUAAUUUCAAUUGUGAAAUGCUAAGUAGUUCUACCAAUAGCUUAUAAACUAAUUUUUUCCACGAGGAGGAGAAGAGCUUGUGUAUGUUCAACUACAGCACCAAGUAACAGAACUUUUAUUCCAUAUGAAUUCUUCAUCCAAGCUUUUAUUCCUCGUUCUCUUUCAAGUUGAUGUCAUUUAAUUUCAUAAAAAUGAUGAAGUGAUUAAAUGUUAAAAGCUCCAGCAAUUCCAAUACGAUUCAGUUUUUUUUCUCAGUUUAAUUAUUAUCCAUUUCAAAAUAGAAUGUGUUCCACUGUUUUUUGAAUAACUUGAGAACGCAAGCAGCUAGAAAUCUGCGGUUUUCGCCAAUCGAAAGAGAAGACGAGGGCACGUCUUUUUCUCUAACAUUGCAUACGACGAAAUCCUUUUAAAACUCAUUAUCUUUGAGAAACAUGCAAAAGAAUGCAUGAAAGUGACCUGCCAUCUAAAUGAAAUUUUGAUUUUGACCUUCGAUUUAGAUAGAGGAAC